CUCCGGCCCGCCGCGCUUCCGAGAUCCCCGCGGCUGGACCCGGCCGGACGGCGUGAGACAGCGGCUUGGCGUCCCAGAAAAAGGCCCAGGUUUGACCGCGGGGGAAGGAUUGGACAGGUUGCUGGGGAAAGUGAGUGGUCCAUUUAACCAAAGCAGAGAUGUUGGCCUAUUUAUAGGAAUUACUUGAAGCCAGAGUCAUGGUGGAUGUAGGAAAGUGGCCAAUCUUCACUCUGCUCUCACCUCAAGAAAUUGCAUCUAUUCGGAAAGCAUGUGUCUUUGGCACCUCAGCCAAUGAAGCACUGUACGUUACUGACAAUGAUGAGGUCUUUGUAUUUGGAUUGAACUAUAGUAAUUGUCUUGGAACUGGAGAUAACCAGAGUACACUUGUACCCAAAAAGCUAGAAGCCUUAUGUGGAAAGAAGAUUAAAAGCCUUAGUUAUGGAAGUGGACCACAUGUCCUUCUCAGCACCGAAGAUGGAGUUGUUUAUGCCUGGGGCCACAAUGGAUAUAGCCAGCUUGGGAAUGGGACGACCAACCAAGGCAUUGCUCCCAUCCAAGUCUGUACCAAUCUCUUGAUCAAGCAAGUGGUUGAAGUAGCUUGUGGCUCACAUCAUUCAAUGGCUCUGGCAGCUGAUGGAGAGGUAUUUGCUUGGGGCUAUAACAACUGUGGCCAGGUGGGAUCAGGAUCUACAACAAAUCAACCAACUCCUCGAAAAGUUACAAACUGUUUACAUAUUAAGAGGGUGGUUGGCAUUGCUUGUGGUCAGACCUCAUCCAUGGCUGUUCUGGACAAUGGUGAGGUGUAUGGCUGGGGUUACAAUGGCAAUGGUCAGCUAGGCUUGGGAAACAAUGGCAAUCAGCUGACCCCUGUGCGAGUGGCGGCUUUGCACAGCGUGUGUGUGAACCAGAUUGUCUGCGGCUAUGCACACACUCUGGCACUAACAGAUGAGGGCCUGCUCUAUGCCUGGGGGGCUAACACUUACGGGCAGCUGGGAACUGGCAAUAAAAAUAACCUGCUAAGCCCCGCCCACAUCAUGGUGGAGAAAGAAAGGGUUGUAGAGAUCGCGGCCUGCCACUCCGCGCACACGUCGGCGGCCAAGACCCAGGGCGGGCACGUGUACAUGUGGGGCCAGUGCCGGGGCCAGUCGGUGAUCCUGCCCCACCUCACCCACUUCUCCUGCACCGACGACGUGUUCGCCUGCUUUGCCACGCCUGCCGUCUCGUGGCGCCUCCUGUCCGUAGAGCAUGAAGACUUUUUAACAGUUGCUGAAUCACUGAAGAAAGAAUUUGAUAGUCCAGAAACUGCUGAUCUGAAGUUUCGAAUCGAUGGGAAAUACAUCCAUGUCCAUAAAGCUGUUUUGAAAAUCAGGUGUGAGCACUUUCGGUCCAUGUUCCAGUCUUACUGGAAUGAGGAUAUGAAGGAGGUGAUAGAAAUAGACCAGUUUUCUUAUCCAGUGUACCGUGCCUUUCUCCAGUACCUCUACACAGACACAGUGGACCUGCCGCCUGAAGAUGCUAUAGGUCUUUUGGACUUGGCCACGUCUUACUGUGAAAACCGACUGAGAAAGCUUUGUCAGCACAUUAUCAAGCGUGGAAUUACUGUGGAGAAUGCCUUUUCACUGUUCUCUGCUGCAGUCAGAUACGAUGCAGAGGAUUUAGAAGAAUUCUGCUUUAAGUUUUGCAUCAAUCAUUUGACAGAAGUUACACAGACUGCAGCAUUUUGGCAAAUGGAUGGCCCUCUGCUAAAGGAAUUCAUUGCUAAAGCCAGUAAAUGUGGAGCCUUUAAGAACUGA